AUGUCUUCUGCAUCCACUACCUCCAAUCUUACACAUAACCUCACAGAUUAUGAUGCUGCAUCAUUGUCAAAUGAGGAUUCUGUUAUUCGUAUGAACAGCAUAAUCGAACGAUUUAAGUUGAUCGAGUUACCAUCAGAAAGUGGUUUAUUUCAAAUCAUUGGGGAUUCUUCUUUACAAGUAUCUCUUCCAUCACAUCCAACAAACUCAACAUUACGUGCUCAAAGUCAUAUUUAUUAUAUGUUAACAUCUUCAUGUCCAAAUAAACUUCAUUUAGCAUAUAACUAUUUGCAUUCAAUAGAUUAUGGUGAUGAUUUGCACAUAUUAGUCGAAGGCGAUAGUGUAGACUAUUACUUAUUUUAUGAUGAUGGCCAUGUUGAACAUAAAGUCUUAGGUCAUGAUUACACUGCUGGAGAGAUACCAGUGAUUGUAACUCCAGGUACGAUUGCAUCCAAAGCGCUAAAACUACGGCAUGGAAAAAAUGGAUUUGCUUUUAUUGUCAGCGUCAUAACGCCAGAAUGGUCAUCUGAUCGAUGUAGAAUUGGAGCUGGACAAUCAUUUAUUAACAAAUAUGUUGAGAAAGAAGAAUGGUGUACAAAAGAAUUUCUAAAAGAAUUAAUUGGGCCAAAUUGGAAGGAUGAUGAUACAACAGAAAAUCGAUGA